CACAACACUACCCCGAGGCAAUCAUAGCACGCGACGCCCCAAAAAUCCAAAACAUCCUUGUGCGAUUUACGUCAAACGCAGCUUACAGGACAUAAACACACACACACAGACACGCAUCAACGGUAUCGCAUUUCCAAAAAACCCCACCCGGUUUUCCGGAGCCACCACCCCGGGUUUGGGCAUCGGACGCAUAGUUUUUGGCAAACGGAGGUUUAGUGUGCGUGUGUUUGGAAAGAAAAGCGUAACCGCACACGAUGGCGGCGUCCCAAGGACGAAGGUUCCGCGGUAGCGCCUCUAUUUCGUACAACCUGUUUCAAGUGUUUUAAGCCCGGAGUGUUCGGUGUUUGAUAGUGGGUGCGUGAAAAGGCGCACCCGUUGCAAAAAAAAAAACCGAAACCCAUAUCUUAGCAAGUGUCUAUAGGACGGUUUUUGUUAUUUAGCUAAACGGUGAACAGUUCCUAGUUGUUGUUUUUUUACUAGCACGAACGAUACAGCUACGGCAUUGAGACGUCUCAUCUAGCGCUGAUGCAAGUUGUGAAGUGGUGAAGUUGUGAGCCGCUGGAGUUGUGAAAGAAUUCUAAGCUUCAUCUUCAUGCCGUGAUAGGAAUUCGAUCGGUGAGACACCAUCGAUGAUUCAAUGGUUUGCUAAUCGAUUCUAGCGAAGGCUCCACCCGCCUACUUAGACCAUACGAGUGUGACGCAUCGAGGCUAUGAAGCGCACCGUGUGACACGUGUGGUAAAAAAGAAAAAGAAAUGCCCGACCCCGAGUGCCACAUACGGUUCGAUAACAACCCGUACGGCGUGUACCUUGCCGGGCAGACUCUCGCCGGCCAGGUGGAGCUCCGUUUGACAGAAAUACUCAGUGUCAUUGGAAUCUCUCUGCGGCUGGAUGGGCUGACCGAAGUCGAAUGGUCGGAGGUCAUCGAGACGGCCACCGGCCAUCAGCCAAGCGGCAGCCGCAAGACGGCCCGCUACCACGGCCAACAGACGCUGCUCAACUCCACCAGCUUCCUGUGCGGCUCGUCCGUCGGACCGGUGCGGGACCUUGCCAUCGGAACGCAUACGUAUCAUUUCUCCUGCGAGCUUCCUGCCCACCUGCCGACCUCGUUCGAGGGCUACCAUGCACGGAUCCGGUACACGGCGAAGGUGUCGGUGCACCGGACCAAGGCACGGGUCGACCCGAUCGGGCAGGCCAGCUUCACCGUGCUGCGGCACCUGAACCUGAACGAGCACGGCGAGGUGCUGCUGCUGCCCGCCAAGAGCGAGCUGACGAAGGUGUUCUGCUGCGGACCGUGCUCGUCCGAACCACUAUACAUAUCGGCCCAGAUAGCCCGCUGCGGCUACAUCCCGGGCCAAACGAUUGUGAUGAAGAUAGAUGCGGUCAACCGAAGCCGCACGACCGUGACCGAGUUUCGCGUGAAGCUCGUGCAGAAGCUGUGCUACUCGAGCCAGCAGCCGGCGGUGGAAACGCGCACUGACGCACUGGUCGUGGCCGAGUCGCGCUGUUCCGGCGUUACCUCGGGCGAGGUGGUGAAGCAUCAGCAAAAUUUGCUUAUCCCGGCCGUGCCACCGACCUACACGGACGGUGCGCCCCUCUUCAGCGUCAACUACGAGCUGGAGGUGGAGGCACGGGUAACGGGGCCAAACAUUAGCCCGCGGCUGGCGAUGCCCAUCACGAUCGGCACGAUAGCGCUGGAGCAGGCGGUGCCGAAGGAGAAGCUGAAGCCACUGACGAAACCACCGUGGGAUCCGUUCAGUCCCCAGCACUACACGGACAUAAUCGGCACUCGGAUACCGAUCGGCCAUGCCGUCCGCCGUUCGCAGGCAGGCCUGGAGGAACAACUGCCGAACGGUUCGAACAACGUGCGACUCCACUACAUCGUGCACCGGAACGGUGGCGAACUUCCGCCAUGAAAACUGAGGUUUGAGCAAACCGACACCAGACGACAACCGGCGGCAGUGAGCCGGGAAGAAAGGGAAAGAAGAUUGUUGUUAAAUUCAGGUUGCUUGCUAUUUACACACUCAAUUAGGUGUUAAUUACGGGUUUUUUUUUUAAGUUUUUCAAUCGAGGAUCGAAACAGAACGAAAAAGAGAGUACAAAGUCAAACGAAACGGCGCAAAAAGCUAAAUCAAAUGAAAAAAAACACGCACAUGUCACAGGAGAAUUUGCACCCACACUGCCUCUUGCCGCUUUUGGCAUGCCUCAGCAAACGCUUACGAAAUGAUAUACAAACAAAAAAACACACAAAUGCACGCACAUAAAUCGAUCAGCACACAUCUCGUGCGAGCCACGGCGUGUGCCUUGGAUCGAUUGCUUUAGGUUUUUAACAGAUUAAUAUCAAACGCGCGCUAAUAAAUAGCCAAACUAUUGCUUAUUGUAAUGUGGCGCGCACAGGAGCGCUUGCAACUCUCCCGGCAGAAUUAAAUUACAUCUACUACACCGCGCUCCAAUGUAUGUAUGUAUGUAUGUAUGCUGUUUGUACGCUUUUCCCUGGUGGCUAUUAUUGUACGUCUUUUUACUACUCGCCCAAUUUUAAAACUACUACCGUAACGCUGGGAAGGCGAGCGUGUCUGUGGCGCUAACCUUACGUGCGCGCUUUGCUGUCGAAAACAACAAAAAAAAAACGAACUCAGAAGCGAAUAACCUCCGCUAAACUACCUCAAGUGCCAUUGAGAUUUGUUGCAAAUAUACAUAAUUAUGUGAACAACAUGCUGCUAGCUCUGGAA